UUGGCCAGAUUGGGAAAAAUAACACGGCCGUUGUAUGUUGACUGACUGCAUUUGCGAUAUUUUAUUUUAUUUUGAGUGUUUGCUCUAAAUUGUCUGUAUAUAAUUGCACUUAUUCUGUAACAUGUUUGGAUGUUAUUUCCAAUCAUAGUGGAGAAUAAUAUAGCCGCACGUUGAGUUAAUAACUACGCCAUGUUUUUCGAAGACGACGACGACGAGAGAGUCGAAAGAUUUCUCAAUCCCGAAAUACUUCACGUCGUCCAUCGUGAACUCUAUGCCUUUACUGCCAAUUUGGAUUAUGCACGAUAUGGUGUCGGUGUGCGAUCUGUACCCACUCAUACUGAAGACGGGAUACCGAUUAGAAAGAUAUAUGUGUCCAAUCUGCCACCAAAAACUACUCGCACAGAGCUGUUCAAUGUAUUUGCUCAGUACGGCUUCAUAAAGAGUUGUUGGUUGCGGAUGGGUGAUAAGGGCCCCAACAGGAUUCCAACCCCGACAUAUGCCUUUGUGACAUUCAGCAAUCCCGCUGAUGCUCACAAAGCACUGUUAGCACCGAACCAUGAAAAGAUUUUACGUGGUCGCAGCUUAAGAAUAUCUCCGGCUGACAGUUGGCAUCAGCCGGCUGAAGAUGAAGACAACAAAUUUAAGAAACCUCGUGGAAACACUAGGAACAAAUCGCAUGCCUCCAACAGUAAAGACCCUCAGAGUAGUAAUGCAAAUGGUGAAUCUUCCACUGACAGCAAUGAAACAUCUGAGGGAAACCCUAGUGAAGAGACGGAGGAUGCGGAACCUACCUAUAACAUAUUGGACGUGCUGAAUAGGGAUUGCAUGACCCAUGUGUUAACCUUCAUACCCAUCAUUGAUCUCAUCAGAUCGGAAAGAGUGAGCAAAUCUUGGCAGAACAUGGUGACAGAAUAUUUGCACAGUAUCCGCACAUACAAAACGUCGUGGUGGCAGCACGAAGUGAGCCUGACGACGGCGGUGCUCCGACGCGUGUUACAGCGACUCGGCGGCUCGUUGGCUCGGCUGCACAUCGACCACCAUUUGUUGGCGCUUAACGACCGCACUGCGCACUCCAUCGGCAAAUUCUGUCCAAACUUGGAGGAGCUUAAGGUUAUUGGAAUGCAUACGAAAAAUUGGAAUCCAUUGCUCUAUGGGUGUAAGCAGUUAAAGAACCUCUCCUUUAUUUCGUGUAAUAAGCUCACAGAUUCGAGUUUAGUGCAUCUUGUUAAAAACGAGUCCUGUAUUGAAGAUUUGACAAUAGCAAACAACACGCAUGUCACUGGCCUCUUCUUGACUGGCUCAAAUACAUUGACACUGCAAUCGCUGGCUUUCUAUAACUGCUACAACCUACAGGGCACUGUUCUAUGUGCGGCUAUUGACACUCUUCCCAACCUAACCACCCUUAAAUUGGACGUGUGCCCUGUCACUAUGUGGAAAAUCGUACCUUUAAUACUCAAGAAACUACCGAAAUUAGAAGAACUGUCGCUAAGUGAAUACACAUCGGCCGAACUAUGUCUCUCGCCGCAGGGAAGCGAUGCCUUCUGUGAAUCACUAUCAACCAUGACAGAGUUGAAAUCGUUGAAUUUGAGCAGAAAUAUCUACAUAAACAAUGCAGUUCUAAAACAAGUUGGCCAGUCGUGCCACAAGCUAGAAACACUCAAUGUGGCCAGCUGCAAUUCAAUUAGAACUUUCCCACAUUCAGGUGUGGGUGACGAGGGCCUGAAAGCCGUGUGCGCCGGUUGCACAGCGUUGAGACGACUUGACGUGUCCUACCUCGGCGGACUAUCAGACGCAGGGCUACGAAGCGCGUCACGACUGUCGCGGCUAGGCUGGCUCACGGCGCGCGGGCUCGCCUCGCUUUCCGCUGCUUCUGUGGUGCACUGUCUGCAAAAGUGCCACCAGCUCGAGGAGAUCGACCUGUGCGGGUGCGACAACGUGUCGGAGGCUGUGAUAUCGGCGGCGGUAGAAGCGCUGGACGCGCGCGCGCGCCCUCUGCCGCUGCUGCUGCGACUUGGAGGAACCGCCGCCAGCAUACAGGAGACAUUCUCGCUCGAGACAACACAGCAGGACUACCCUUCGCACAAGCUGCUGACCGUCAACAUGCACGAAGACCGCAGCAACCCCAACCUCAGGCCGGACUUCGUGGACCGCGUGUUCGACUACAGCUCGGACGACUCGCUGGACGACCUGUUCGACCACGAGCUCUACGAGGUGCAGGACUUCGACGACUUCCUCGCUGGCGAUUUUUCAGAUGACGAGUUUCUCGAUCACGACGGAGAAGACAUGGAUCGACUGUACGCCUACGGAAUCCACGCCGCCGACAUCAUUCUCCUGUAGGCGGCCUCCACGCCACCGAGGCGGUAUUACGCAACGCCUAGCUAACAGUAGUAUACGCCAUUUAAUCAUCAAUACUGUUAUAUCAAAGAAGGACCAUUUGUUUUCCCUCAUUUAUGUUUUAAACUUUUUUCGAGUUACGAGUUUCACAUCAUCGCCCAUUUAACAUAACGAGAUUAUACAGGUGCAAUGCUUAUAAUAAUUACGGUGAUUAGAUAAGUAUUCGAUUUUCGUUGUAGUAUACAAACACAACUUCUAAAUUGUCGUACGAAUGGUUAUGUUUAUACCUUUUCAAUUAUUAAUAUGGUGACAUAAUCAACGAUGUAUUUAUCUGUGAUCCAGCAGUGUUGACUAACCAUGUCCUAACUGGCUCAUCUAGUUUACUGCUUACCUAUUUAUGUAUAAAUAUCUGCUGUGUAUGGUAACUUAAGCAAAGUCUGAAAAUAUUGUGAUAAAAGCAAAUUAUUUAUGUACCUUACUAUUUGUGUUAUUCUCGGUAUUAUUUCGUACAAUAUGUAAAAUUAAAUUAAAGUUACGAAGUAAUCCCAUUACCCCAAAUAUACACCAGUCAACAUAUUAAAGGAAUAGAGGUCGUAAGAAAUGAAUAACUACUAUAAUAUGCAUGCUUACUUUGCCAAAUGGUAAGUUGGUGUUUCCAUGUGUAUUCCUACCAUUCGGCAAAAUCGCUAUUCGAUAGAUAUGCGGAUAUCGCGCUUUCCAUAAGUAAGGUUGUCUUUUAAUCAAUGUUUGUAGAUUUAAUGGUUUGUGGGACAAUCUAAUAAAAUUGUAGUGAUAAUACCUACUUGAUGUAUCAACACUUACCUCUACCUCACAGCGAAUGUGCUGCAUACAAAUAAAAGUGCACUUCCAACAUAGCAGUGUUGAUAGUUUCAAGUAAAUAUUAAUCUAAGUUCCUCCUUGACAUUGGCUAUGGAAUAUAUAGUGUGAGAUUUCAAUAAAAAAGUCCAAAAUAUUCAAAAUUUUGACCUAAUAUUGAUUUUUAUUCUGUAUAUUAUUAUAUUCAUGUUUCAUAGCUGUCCAUAGACAUUUAAACCAGUGAACUAACCACUGAUAUAUUUUAAUAAUGGAGGUGCCUGGAUAGAAAGCAAUACCAACCUAGAAUUAACGUACUAAAUGCAUUGUUUAAGUAUUCAUGCAUACUUUGUUCAAUAAUAUGUAAUGUAUUUAUAUGUACUUGUUGUUGAGCCUUUGAGUGAAGAUGGAUAUUCACUGUAAUCAUAAUAAUUUAGACAAGAUCUUUUUAGUUUAGAAUCCUUUUUCAGCAAUUUUUACUACAAUACUGUAACUUUAUUAUAUUUUCCUUUUUAAGAGAUAAUGCAAUGUAAUCAAAGUGGUGAUUUUUAUUUCAUUUUACUGAAGGAUGAUUUUGUUUUAAUCCUAAAAAAUCAAUGACUUUAUAUUUUUUAAGAUACAUAUUUUUCUUGAAUUGGAACAAUAAACUUGAUUUUAUGAGAGGUAACAUUUUGUUGAUUGAGACAAACUUAGUUAUGAAUUAAUAAUAUGCAGCAUAAUUACAUUUAAGCAUGGCUUAGUUUCAUGAUUGAAGUAAAGGUUUUUUCAUAAUUUUGUUUCGUUUUCAUUGCAGCUUACAUGUUUUAUCUCAAUGGCUUAGAAUUCAAAAUGUAAAAGUGAAGAGAAACUUACAGCCAUUUAUUUUUUUCGUUAAAUUUGCAAGGCGUAAGCUAUUAUGUUGAUUAUGAUAAACACACUUUAAUAAUAAAAAGCAUGUAAGCUGUGUCCAGUUCAUGCUUUCACGUUGAGAAUAUGUAAAUGGUUAUGUUUGUUAGUUUGUUUUCAUUUGCGUAUGUGAAAUAAUAUCAUGUGUUGGAAAACAUACUCAUGGUGAAUUUCUAGAAGACUAAAAUAUUUUUCAUGGUUCACAUAGUGGUGAUGUUAUGUUUUUAGAUUUGCAUUUUCGGAAAUAACCUCAUGCAUGAGAUGAUUUGUGAAAAAGUGUUAGUUUUUAUACAUAAUUGUUUUAACAUUAUUAGUAAGAAAUAAAAACAUUAUCUUCAGCAAAAAGUAGUUUAAUUUUUGAGUACUACUACUACAAUCAAUCAUCAAAAGCCCUAUUUGUGCAAUACUACCAUUUAUCAAAAUAAUGUCUGUCUCGUUAUACACACUAUUUGUUUUUAACUGAUUAUUAUUUUGACACUAACUUAUGGCUACCAGUGAACUUCUGAGCUACUAACAUUGUUUUGACAUGGCUGCUUCUGUCUUGGUUACUAGAAAAAUCUAAAAACUGAUCUUUCAACAACAAUUUAUUUACAAUUUAGUAAUUCUACAACAAAUCUAAACAUUUACAUCAUAAUUAUUAGUUUUUAUAUAAAUAUUCCACCAUCUGCCCAUGAUACCCACAUCAACUAUUCGCGAUGGGAAACUAAAGUAUGUUGGCUGUAGGUAAGAGCAUUGACCUUUAUACAAAUCACAUUCAUUAUUCAAUUCAGAUGUGUACAUAAUUGAAGCUACUCCAAGGUUCCUGUAGUGAAUCAGACCUUCAUUGUAGCAGGUGUCGAGGAAUCUCAAAUGACCCACAGAGGUUGGAUUUUGGCAUUCUUCGCUAACGAGAACUACUUCAUUAGUAAUCCUCUUUAGGUAGUCCUUAAAAUCCAUUUCAUUUGGAUUAUUACGUGCUAGUAAAACAACUGUUGCAAUUCCAGCUGUCCACUUUAAGGCCUUUAUAGGUUCAUCUUGAAUAUCAGUCCGGAGGUCUUGCAGCAUUUGACGAUAGUCAAUAAAUAAGUUUUUCCAGUAGUCAGCCCAUUUUUCUAUGAUUGUCCCUUUAAACUUUUCAGGGAACUUUAUUCUUCCUACAUUGGCGAACGUCGACGAAUUUCUAAUGACCCUGAACAUACUGUGAUUAGUCACGACCUCUGUUUCAUUGAUAUUUUUUAAUAAGCCGUUCCAAUUAUAUUAAUAAAUUGAAAAAUAGGUAUGUAAAAUUUAUUAGCUUCUUUUACAAAUUUCCCCAGGCAUGCAUGCUGGAACCAGCUGACAAGCUGUCACUCACAAUGACACUGACAUUGACUGCUUUACUUUUUUAACACGCUUUUUUUUAAAUUACAUCAUUGGAAUUAGUCUAUUCGCCAAAUUGUUAGUGUUGUAAGAAAUUGUUUAUAUCAAUUGCAAUUGAAAUAUCGUUAAUGGCAAAAUACCAUUAUUUCUGUGAAAAUUAUCAACUUUGAAAAGGGUGACCAUUAUCGUUUUUAUCCUUUGAGACUCAAAGUUUGACGCGGCGCACUUCCAAAUCAAUGUUUGAUAGAAAUAAAAACAUACUUAUUAGAAUGCGACAAUUUUUAUUAAAAUAUUAAUGUUAAGCUUUUUCAAGCUGCUUUUUACACAGUUCCUAGAAUUAAACAUAGCCAUUUGGUCGUCUUUUUUAAAUA